UCUGGCACGUGUGACACGCACGGUAAUCAUUAGGCAAAUAAAAAAUUCAAAUUUCGAAAUGACAAAAAUGUUCGUCAUCCAAAUGUGAGACGUAUUAAUUUAAAAAGAUAAAUAAAAAAUAAAUUAAAAUGUUGUCUAUGACAUUAUUAGUUUGCGCGCCAAUAUUGUUUAGUGUUGUGACGGCAAUGUACAGUUCUAAAUCAUUGGAAGGAUAUCCUGCUGGAUUUCUUGCAGAUUGUCCUGGCUCAGAACAGCCUUCAACAAUCACAAAGAAGAGUCUAAAAUAUUUAACUUUCACUGCAUUAGGAGCAAACGCACCACCGAAUUCAAACAGACUCCGAUACUCGUAUUAUCAAAUGAAAGAGUUGAGUGACGAACCAACAAUGGACUAUAGAAAAAAAACUAUGUUAUACGUGGGCGGGUUUUUGGAUAGUCCCAAUUAUCCUUUCGCGACAGUUCUGGAGACUAAUUACAGAAGGUUGGGUUAUAAUGUUUUGCUGGUGGAUAUGAAUAGAUUCUUUAAAAUGGAAUAUCCUGUGACUGCUCGACUAAUGCGUGCUGUUGGAAAACACGUUGGUGAAAUGUUGUUUAACUUAACUAACUAUAAUUCGGAAUUCGAUCCUAAGAAAUUAGAGGUAGUAGGUCUCAGUCUUGGAGGUCAAACCAUGAGUUAUAUAGCAAAGACAUACAGAGCGCUGACUGGAGUUACCGUAGCCAGACUCACGGGUUUGGACCCAUCUGGACCCUGCUUCAGGAACCUAGGUCCUGAAGAUAGACUGGACCAAAGCGACGCUGAUUUCGUUGAUGUUGUAGCAACAAAUAUUGAUGGAUUUGGCAUGGCUGCACCUGUAGGCCAUGUUAAUUUUUACGUAAACGGUGGAGAAUAUCAACCGGGUGAUGUAUUUUGGUUGCCCUGUAAUAUAUUUUGUAGCCAUAUUAGAGCUUAUACGAUCUGGUUUGCGGCGUUGCAGAAUCCGGACUCAUUUAUUGCAAUGCAAUGUGAUUCAGUGCAGCAAGCCAGAGAGAAGAAUUGCUACGAUCGAGAACCUAUCGUUACUAAUACACUCGGUCUUAAUGUAGAUAAAACGAAACAGGGUAUAUUCUAUUUAGCAACCACUUACAGUUUUCCGUACUAUAUGGGCCAGAAGGGAUUGAAAAGGAAAUAUGAAAUUUUUUCGUCCAUGUUAAAAAGUAUGAACUCGAAAGUUGUUAUGACGAUAUAAAUCUAAAUAUGUUCAUAUUGCCAAAUUAAUGUAUUAUAAUAUUAGAGCUCAUUUUAAGCAUUUAACAACAAUAAAGAUGU